UUCCCUCUCUCUCUCUUCCUAUUCACUCUUACACCCUCCCUCUCUCUCGAUCUCUCUCUCUCUCCUUCUUCCCUUUUCCCAUUGAGUAAUAUCGUAGUCUCUGGUUGAGUGUGUAUUCCUGGCCUGGGUUGUUUGGAGGGUGUGUGUCUGUGUUUUGAAUGUGCACUGAGGUUGGUGGCUUGAAUCCACACUUUUUGGCCUCCUCUGUUCAUCACCGCUCCAGCAGAAGAGAACUGCUAAACACCCUGGACCUAAUUUAGAGGAGUGACCAGCGAGAGGACAAUGCCAUGGGCAACAUGGGGGUGACCCAUGGAAAGAAAGCCAGUCAUAGUGAGCAGAAUCUGAGCUCAGGAUGUGCACAACCCCUGAUUGGACCAGACUCAGGCUGUGAUCUGGGCUCUGGGCUUUGUUCUGAUCAGAGAUGGGACAGAGACGAAGAACUGGACCAGAACCAACCGCUGGUGGAGCAUGUAGAUGAGGGCUAUUAUGAAGAGCUCAUUAGGCCCAAAAAAUUGCCCAAUCCCGUGAAGGCCUCCAGAAGCCAUCGAGAGCUCCACCGAGAACUGCUCAUCACUCAUAAGAGAGGAGCAGUGGUGGAGGAGAAGCCGGAGCUGCAGAGAGUCCUGGAGCAGAGGAAUCGAGCCCUGGCUCUAAGGCAGGAGCGUGAGGAACAGGAGGAAAGGAAGAAGCAGAGAUCUCCUCUGGAGCAGGAGCUGCUGAGGAGACAGCAGAGGCUAGAGAGGCUGGAAAAAGAGAUGGAAGAGGAGAGAGAGCGGCGGAAACGAGCUCCUGAAUUCAUCAGGGUGAAGGAGAGUCUGAAGAGGACAGCGGUGGCAAACGCUGUGGAGAAAGAGCUGUAGGCCCUUUUCUCACCGUAUUACUGUAAACAUGACGUAGCCGUGUUUACACUGUGAGUGGUGGGGAAGAUGCAGUUGGCAUGGGCAGUCUGUAUUAUUUACCUAAUUAAUACUGGAUGUGACUGGAGGAAACCGCAAAGUUGAUUCAUUGUGAAAAGCUGGCACUUCAAUUGCACGGUCUGUUUUGGUAUGUUGGAUAGACUUUAAUAGACAUACUAUUUAGGCAUGGAUCUUGAUGCGGAACUUAGGCAGCUGAAGACUGUGUUGUUAUUGCACUUUAAAACUCCUUAAAAGAGGUUUAAAAAUGUGAAAAAGAUGCAUAUAGAUAAAUAUAUCUGGUAGCAACUUAUUCUCACACUGAUUUCUGAGCCUAGAAUAACUGAACAGAUGGAACACUGCACUUCUCUUGAACAGGUUCCAUCAAAUUUCCACACACACACACACACAUUCUAACACCUGAGUAAUGUGAACUGACUAUGAGAACAUAUUAGUUUUCUCAGUAUAUUGGGUGACAGCAUUUUGUGUAACAGUAUUUUGUAACACGUUCCUCUCUUGUUUCCCUGAGUGGCUUAAAUGACUAGUUGUUCACACACACAUUGUGUAAUCACACACACACACUCUGUAAACACCGGGUACAUCAUGCUGUGGCUUAACUCUUAUCACACAGUAACCACUAAUACACUGUCAUUAUUUGUAAAUAAAGGGAUUUCAACUUUUUAUCUAA